AUGGCGAGCGUUGAUGAACCACUGUAUCCAAUAGCAGUAUUAAUAGACGAGUUGAAGAACGAUGAUAUUCAACUGCGGCUGAAUUCCAUUCGCAGACUAUCUACCAUUGCUCGUGCCCUUGGGGAGGAGAGGACACGGAAAGAAUUAAUCCCAUUUUUGAGUGAGAAUAAUGACGAUGAUGAUGAGGUACUUCUCGCUAUGGCAGAAGAGUUGGGCGUGUUUAUUCCAUAUGUUGGAGGGGUGGAGCAUGCCCAUGUAUUGCUCCCACCCCUGGAAACACUUUGCAUUGUGGAGGAGACCUGUGUGAGAGACAAAGCUGUGGAGUCCUUGUGCAGAAUUGGAUCACAGAUGAGAGAAAGUGAUUUGGUUGAUUAUUUUAUUCCUCUCGUGAAGAGGCUGGCAGCUGGUGAGUGGUUUACAGCUCGAGUUUCAGCUUGUGGACUGUUUCAUAUUGCUUACCCAAGUGCCCCAGAUAUGUUAAAGACAGAAUUACGAUCUAUAUACAGCCAGUUAUGCCAAGAUGAUAUGCCAAUGGUGAGAAGGGCUGCUGCAACAAACUUAGGGAAAUUUGCUGCCACUGUUGAAGCCGCUCAUCUCAAGACUGACAUCAUGUCCAUGUUUGAGGAUCUUACACAGGAUGACCAAGACUCUGUUCGGUUACUCGCUGUUGAGGGCUGUGCUGCUCUUGGCAAGUUGUUGGAGCCUCAAGAUUGUGUUUCACAUAUUCUCCCUGUAAUUGUCAACUUUUCACAGGAUAAGUCUUGGCGUGUUCGCUAUAUGGUUGCUAACCAGUUGUACGAGCUUUGUGAAGCAGUGGGACCUGAACCUACCAGGACGGAUUUGGUUCCUGCAUAUGUGCGUCUACUUCGAGAUAAUGAAGCAGAAGUACGUAUAGCAGCUGCUGGUAAAGUCACCAAAUUCUGUCGGAUUCUUAACCCUGAGCUUGCUAUUCAGCAUAUUCUUCCAUGUGUGAAGGAAUUAUCAUCAGAUUCAUCGCAACAUGUUAGGUCUGCUUUGGCUUCCGUUAUAAUGGGAAUGGCUCCUGUGUUAGGAAAGGAUGCAACAAUUGAACAACUUCUUCCAAUAUUUCUCUCCCUUUUGAAGGAUGAAUUUCCAGAUGUACGCCUCAAUAUUAUUAGCAAGCUUGAUCAAGUCAAUCAGGUUAUCGGAAUUGAUUUACUUUCUCAAUCUUUAUUACCAGCAAUUGUUGAGCUGGCAGAAGACAGGCAUUGGAGGGUUCGACUUGCCAUCAUAGAAUAUAUACCUUUAUUGGCUAGUCAAUUGGGUGUAGGAUUUUUUGACGAUAAGCUUGGUGCGCUAUGCAUGCAGUGGCUACAAGACAAGGUUUACUCUAUCCGAGACGCUGCCGCUAAUAAUUUGAAACGCCUUGCGGAAGAAUUUGGUCCAGAGUGGGCAAUGCAGCAUAUAGUUCCUCAGGUAUUGGACAUGUUAAAUAAUCCACAUUAUUUGUACCGGAUGACUGUUCUUCGUGCCAUUUCAUUACUUGCCCCUGUCAUGGGUCCGGAGAUAACAUGUUCGAAUUUGUUGCCUGUGAUUGUUACUGCAUCCAAGGACAGAGUGCCGAAUAUUAAGUUUAAUGUGGCAAAGGUUUUGCAGUCCAUCAUUUCCAUUGUUGAUCAAUCAGUUGUGGAGAAAACCAUCCGCCCCUCUUUGGUAGAGCUUGCAGAGGAUCCUGAUGUUGAUGUCCGGUUUUUUGCCAAUCGAGCACUCCAGUCAAUAGAUCAUGUUAUGAUGUCGAGCUAG